AUAGUAUUUGUGAAAGAACAUCCCAAAAUUGUUCGUAAUUUUAAUUCCGCUGCAAAAAACCAACAUUCCAGGCAGAAACAAAACAUGAAUUGGCAUACGGGAAACAUAGCAGAGGCUGUGGCGGAAUCAAAAGCCAAAGAUGCCGUCUUCGUUGUAUACAUUGAAGGUCAGGACGAGAUGUCUGCGAAGCUGGACAGAUUCCUCAAUGAUUCACUGGUGAGCUCCAAGCUGAUGACAAACGAUUUUGUGGCUGUUAAAAUACAGGGCGACAGUCCAACGUACGUUCAGUUCUCAUCGCUAUAUAAAAUGGUGCCAGUGCCAUCAAUAUUUUUCAUUGGCAAUUCUGGAACUCCAUUGGAUGUGACAACGGGAAUCAUUGAGAGUGUCGAUCAACUUGUGGCUAAAAUCGAUAAAGUUCUGCACUUGGCGGGCAAGCAAACAAAUGUGGUUGCAUCCAGCAGCAGAGCUGUGGAAACUGUAGAAAGUGUGGAAAGCGUUGCAAAUGAGCGCAGCAUUGCAGGCGCCGAGGAAAAGUCAGCAACACAGCAGCAGGAAACGCAGGAAGAUGCAGUCAGCACAGAAUCAGCCGCAGAAUCAUCAGCUGCAACCGAGGAGCAAUCAUCGGAGGAUGCAGAUGCUCCCGAAGCAAUUGCAAUUGAGACAGCGGAACUCUUUGAUACGCCUGAAUUAAGUGAUGCUCACGAAGCAAUUGAUACGCCCGAGGGAAUGGAUGCUUCAUCACCGUCAGCUGCCUCAUCCCAGCCAGCUGUGGCAUCAUCAGCAGCUGCUGCCGCAGAGAAGCGAGCUGCCGCUGCCGCUGCCGCCGCUGCUGUGGCAUCGCUGCUGCCAGUGAGUAAUCCAUUGGUGGCAACCGCUCCUCCUUCGGCUACAGCUACAGAGGUGGAUGCAACAAUACAGCAGCUCGUGGAGCAGAAGAAACUAGAGCGACAGGUGGAGCAAAAGCGUCAGGACAAAGAAAACGAACUGCGACGACGUCGGGAGGGACGGGAAGCGCAGGUGCAACAGGCUCAAACCCGAGAACAGGAGAUCAAACAAAUGCAGGAUCGCAUACGCCGUGAUCGAAAGCAGGAGCAGGAGACACGUGAUCGCAUUCUCGCUCAAAUAGCCGCGGAUCGUGCAGAGCAGGCGAAUCGGGCGGAGGUACAGAGCAACAACAACAACAACACAUUAUCAACGACCACAGCGAAUACGGUGACAUCGGCGGAUUCGUCGAUCAGCUCGACGGCAGCGGAUGAGACGCGUCUGCAGAUCCGUUUGCCUGGGGGAAUCACACGCACCAAAGCCUUUGCCGUCGAGGAGCCUUUAACCACUGUGCGCGUGUAUGUGCUGAAUGAGCUGCUCGUUGGCAGCAACAUACGCGACUUCACACUGGCUACCAGCUAUCCACGACGCGAGUUCAAGACCGAGGAUGAGCUCAAGUCCCUCGUCGAUUUAAAUCUUGUGCCCAAUGCGGUGCUCUUGGUCCUCCAGCGGGAACAUGUCAAUACUGUGGUUCGCACCAGAAAUAAUCUGUUCAACAUAUUAUCCAGUGUGCUGUGGACCAUUCUCACACCCGCUACCAUGGCUUUCGAUUACCUUAACAAGAUGGGACUGCAACGCAUCCGACAACGCUUCAUGCAAAUGGUGUCCAAUGUGGGUUUGGUCAAGUCUCCCCCAGGUCGCAACAUUGCCGAUAAUCCAGUGGCAGCAGCUCAGGAUGCCUCGGCAAGACGCAAUAUGGGCUUGUUUCAAACAACGCUACACGCAAGGAACACUGGAAACCCUCCGGACUCCACAUCAGAUGAUGCGACAUCCACACAAAGCGCUGCCGAUGAUUCUCAGUAUCAGCCACCGCCCAUGAUAUUUACAGAGGGCUCGAUUGCACAGCAGGCGGCAACACAACGUUCCGGCGGAGUCUACAGACGUUACGGCGAAUCGAACAUACGUCGAUUGGCGGACACCACAAAGGAUGAGGAUGACAAGGCCACAUAUAAUGGCAACUCAACCCAGCAGCAAUAAUUGAAAAUAGUUAAAUACCAAUUAUGAUCUAUACAUAAAUAUAUAUAUAUCUAUCUAUAUAUAUAUAUCCUUAACCGUAGUUGUUACAUUCACAGCUUCAAGAUAUGCAGCCUUAAAUUAUUAUUAUUAAAUUCAACCUAUUACAAAAA